AUGUCCGAUUUAUGGGAUCCAGUUCCUGAACCUCCUACAGAGUUAGGUCGUCUUAAAGUGCUCUCAAGCACUGCAGGUGUCAAGGUCUCUCCGCUAGUCUUUGGUGCUAUGUCAAUUGGGGAUGCUUGGAAGGAUAUCAUGGGUUCCGUUGACAGGAAGCAGUCCUUUGCUUUGUUGGAUGCUUAUUACAAAGCAGGUGGCAAUUUUAUUGAUACAGCGAAUAACUACCAAGACGAACAGUCAGAAACGUGGUUAGGUGAAUGGAUGGAAGAAAGGAACAUUCGUGACCAAAUUGUGCUUGCUACCAAGUUCACCACUGACUACCGUGUUCACGCUCUCGGGAAAGGUAAGACUGCGAAUUUUGCAGGUAACAAUAGGCGCAGUUUGCAUGUGAGUGUGCGGGAUUCUUUGCGUAAGCUAAAGACAGAUUACAUCGAUAUUUUGUAUCUUCACUGGUGGGACCACAUGACUUCUAUUGAAGAGGUCAUGGAUAGUUUACAUAUCCUGGUACAGCAAGGGAAAGUUCUUUAUUUAGGGGUGUCUGACACUCCGGCAUGGGUUGUUUCUGCCGCAAAUUAUUACGCUGUCUCUCAUGGCAAAACGCCUUUCAGCGUCUACCAAGGAAGAUGGAACUUAUUGAUAAGAGAUAUGGAACGUGAAAUUCUUCCUAUGGCUAGACAUUUCGGCAUGGCGAUAGUUCCAUGGGAUGUUUUGGGUGGCGGAAGAUUCAAAACUAAAGGAACUAUCGAAGAACUGAAAAGAAGUGGUGGGCAUUUGCGCGCUUUCUUUGGUGCUGGCGAACAGACGGAAGAAGAAGCCAAAAUCUGUGACGCAUUGGAGAAAGUUGCAAAAGAGCACGGUAUAGAGUCGAUUACAUCUAUUGCUCUUGCUUAUAUUCGCUCUAAGACCAAAAACGUUUUUCCAUUGGUAGGUGGAAGAAAGGUUGAGCAUCUCGAGCAGAAUAUAGCCGCCUUGAAAAUAAAGUUAACUCCAGAACAGGUUGAAUACCUGGAAAGUGUUGUGUCUUUCGACCUGGGUUUCCCUUUGAGUUUUAUUGGCGAGGAUCCUAAGGUGACAAAGGUUCUUCCACCCUUCUCGGCUAUGUCAUUUGCUGCUAGUUUCGAUUGA